UUUUUACCGAUCCAAGUAACGUCUCCGCUAUUCAUAUUAGCUAUCUGCUGCUCGUUAUCGUCGUCGCGCGCUAGGGAAACGCGCACGCUCUGCUAUCGACCAGAGGACAGAGCGGCCUGUGACUCUCCUUCCUCGUCUCUCGUCUCCUCUCAUGCAGUCUCGGCUAGCCACGGUGGCCGCGCGCACUUCGUUCCAACCCCCAGCUCGCCGGGGUCGCGGCAACGCCUUGCGCGAUUCCGUCUCUCUAGUGAAAGCAAUCCCCGAGAGAUCGGUCAACGAACGUACGUGCGUGCGUGCGUGCUUGCGUGCAUGCAGGUGGCUGACCCGCGCGCCGAUGACGGAGUUCGACGUCGCCGGGCGCGAGAAUAAGGCUCUCGGCUAGCCGGAUCGGUAGCCGAAUACCGAUCUGCUAGUUUCAGUAGCUGACUGACUGACUGGCGUCUACCUCGAUGUUCGCGUUCCUCGUGUGCGUUGCUCUCCGGCGCGGCCGCGGAUUCUGCACAGAGAACAGUGAACGUAAUCGAGGAUGAGGAACGAUCGGCUGGGGAAACGAUAGACAUCUCGGUCGGACGGCGAUCAUAACGAUAACUCGCCGCGGCGAAUUUGAAAUCGCGCUAUGAGAGGGACCCUGGAGCUGUUGUAUACGUGUUAUCAUUGGAGAGCUGCGAAGCACUCCGAUCUGUGAAUACGCGGAAUACAAGUGGCGAAUACUAAGCGCCUACCAAAGAUGAUGUGUUCACGCCGCUGGAUGCAACGCGCGAUCGAGUAGCCAUAGGAAGAGAAAUGAUCCGGAAUAUCCGUAAACGGCCGUUCUAAUUAUAUUAGACGAGGAAGGAAGAUGAGGAGAUUAUGUAACGAUAUGACACGAUAUUCCGUCUCGACGGAAUGAUGGCUCACGGUCUAACGAUCAAGGAGCAAUCACGAAAAGCACUUCGAUCGAGUAAAAAACAUAGCCGCGAUAUCGUAAAUCAAUUCAGAUAAUAAACAACAAGGAUCGACGCUUACAUCUUAUGGGGAAGAGCAGUCUAACAUUAUCACUAUGAUCGCGUUAUCGCGUAACUCGACGUGUCGAAUCAUGAGAUAGAAAUAUAAAUCGUGAUGAUUAAACCGAAACGCCCCUUAUGCACUGCUGCUGAUAAUGUUUAUCGAUCGAUAUAUCGCUAUAUUCACAUAUGUGCUAUACACACAUAAAUAUAUACAUAUAUGCAUAUAUACGUAUCGGAACGGCUACUGUGCUCCGCAAUCAACGAUCCAGAAGUCUUCCAGGUUCACGCGAUUAUCGCAACCGUAUCAAGCGACACGGUAGUGUCGCGAAGCCAAGUGCAAGCGCGAAACGGUUGUAGUAACACGUAGCUACGGCUCACAGGAAAGGAUCCACCUUCCGUGAUUUUUGCUCGUAAAAAACACUCAUCGUCGUCCUCGUCGUUGUCGCCACCGCAAAAUUUAAAACUACGUGAUAAACAUAUCAUGACCACGUGGGAGUUCUAAGAGGUGAGACAGUCAUUAAAGUAACGAAACUACAAUAAGGAAUUUUCAUCGACGUCCACCGCUGGCGUUACUGUAGAUAGACAAUCAUACACCGGCGAAAAGGAGAGUCACAUCGUCGUUCUACCACCGGUAAACGUCGUAUUCUGUGUUCCGCGCCCCGGCUAUACGAGUCGCAUCGUUGACAAGUUAAUUUCUUGUAAAUACUACUACGUUGACGAGCUAAUUUCUUGUAUACUACGUUCGAUGCGAAAUCUGUUCGCACGCCCUCGAAUACGCGAUGAACGACGGUGUCCACGAAACGACAUGAGGACGGUGUAAGAACCGGUCGAAAAACAAAAAGAAAGAAAUUAGACUAUCUGGAGGAGCGAAACGAUGGCAUACAGAAGGACCAAGAUUGCUCAAUUUCUCUGUUAUCUCGUAGUAAGUCGCCGCUCUUUUUGAAAGAACUCCAAGAGAGAGAGAACAAUGACAGAUAAGAAUAUAACAUAAGGAUCCAUUAAAAUUAGUUAAUGCACGAUUGUCGGGACGAAAGAUGUACGAUUAAUCGAAAUUAUAUAUGAUAUCGACGCAAUCAUGUUGAGACCUGAUAACACGUUAUCAUGAAACGUAGCAUAUAACAUAAUGCACAUUUUUUUGAUUCAGUUCAAUCUGACACGUAAAAAAGUGUUCGACGCACGUAACCGCCCUGUUAUGCGUGAAAAUCACUUUCACGAAGAGGUAAAAUAGUAUAUCGAGAGAAAAAAUAUCUAAAAACUAGUAAAUGUUUAUUUAGUAAAUACUAAUAGCGUAUUUAUUUAAAAUGUUUUUGUUUAAAUAGAAUAAAUAAUUGCUUCUUCAUGAAAAACUUAGAUUGAGAUUUUAAGAAAAUUUAUAUUCUCUUAUUUGAAAAACACUUCACAUUAAGUACAGGUGAUUUGUUAUUAUAGUACUUAUCAAAUAAACAUUUAUUUUGUCUUGAAUGUUUUUCUUCUCAAUUUAAAUAUGAUUAUUUACGAUCGAGACAUUCCAUCGCGUUUAUCGAUUGACAUCUAUCUCGAGUACUGAGCUUGAUUAGAUGCAACAGAAACGAUUGCCUGUGUCCAUAAUGAAUACUUCAUUUUCACGCUUAUUAAUCGAGUGCGAUGGAGGCGGGCAGUAUAUCGCGUUACAAUAUUUGAGAUGCAUUAAUCUAGUUAUAGCGUAGCAAUUACGAAAUUACACGCGUGUACUUGACGUGACAAUCACAUUUCCGGCGACUAUCGACCGUGUUCUGUUUGCGUAGAAGCGCAAACCCCAUUGCAAAUUACUAUUGUUCGAAGUGCGUUGAAGUGCCGUUUGAGGAGUUGAUUUUUGCGUAUCUCGAGAAAAGGCUAGUGAAAGAGGAUCUCCUCUUUGUGUGAAAGAAAAAAAAUUAUAUUAGAGUCACAAGUGGAAUACUACGAAUUUUCAGACGGUGUUUCGCGGCGGCAAAAAGGCCCUUGACGAUGGGCGUGGAUUUACCGCGACGUUGAUCAAGAUACAAAAAGGAGGCCUACGACUACAAAGAUGGCUAAUUGCGCUGUUGAUCUUCCUACUGAUGUCGCUGAUCGUUAUCAACAGUUACAAUACCGGUCAAUUCCGCGUUGUCCGAUUUGGAGCAAUGGCCCAGAGCAAGGAGAAUACGCAAGAAGAUUACGUACAGCUGAAACCCAUUUAUCCCACACCGAUCGGCCACGGUGGCUUCUUGGUGCACAAUAAGGGCUGCCGGAUACCCGCGAUGGAUCCUCUCGAUCCUGCCAUCAAGCGUUUCAUCACUAAAGAGGAGCCGCUCGUGUGCGAAUACGGCAAUUUUCCGCCACUGAUCGAAUCGAACAACACCGCGUUGUUCGUCAAUCCGUUAGCAUGGGACAAGUUUUACAAUAAGUCGGAAGAGAUAAACUGUUGCUGGCGAUCGUUUCGGCGCACCAAGGAUCAGGACAACGCUAUUACAUACGACGAGGAAUGCCAUCCUUUUCAAGACUCCUGCAUCGUGAAUACCGAAUUCGUAAAGGUCGAGUGUUAUCGUGGCAAUAAUAUGAUAUAUAAGGAUUAUUUCGCUUUCCUGCCUCGCAAGUCCUGGGUGGAGGAUAGGUGCAAGCAGGCGCUGGACACAGACACAGCCAACGAUCGUCUCAGCAUGCUCGUAAUCGGCCUCGACUCGAUCUCCCGGUUGAACUUCCAUCGGAUGAUGCCGAUGACGGUGAAGGCGCUUCAGUCCCUCGGCGCCGUGGAGAUGUUCGGUUACACGAAAGUCGCGGAUAAUACGUUUCCGAACCUCGUGCCAGUAUUGUCUGGUUUGAACGAGAAUGAGCUACACGACAUGUGUUGGCAGAAGCCCACCAAGACUUUCGAUGACUGCCCGUUUUUGUGGAAGAAGUACAGCAUAGCCGGCUAUCGCACGAUAUUCGGCGAAGACGCCUGUAGCAUGACGACAUUCAAUUACCUGAAGCCGGGAUUCCGGGAGCCUCCAACCGAUUACUAUCUACGGCCGUAUUGCAUCGGCGCCGAACACGAUAUCGGCAACACCCACAAGCUAAACGCUAAUCUCUGCAUCGGCACUAGAAAAACCUUCGAUUGCCUACUGCAUUAUGCCCGCAAGACCGCCGUGGAGUUCGCCGCGGAGCCAUACUUCGCCUUCAUCUGGCAGGCCAGUCUCACCCACGACUUCUUCACAUAUCCUCAGCUGGGCGAUAGUUCGUAUCGCGACUUCAUCGAGUACGUGUCGCGGCAGGGUCUACUGAAUCGCACGGUUCUCGUGAUGAUGAGCGACCACGGGAUACGGUGGGGCGAGUUUCGUCAAACGUAUCAAGGUAAAACCGAAGACCGGCUACCCUUCGUCUUCGUAGUGCUACCGAAAUGGUGGCGAGAGAAGUAUCCGUUGGCCUGGAGCAAUCUGCAACGAAACAGCCGUAGUCUCACGACGCCCUUCGAUCUCCACGAGACUCUCACUGACCUGCUGCAUCCGCACGUUUUGCACGAAACUUUCCUGAGGAAACGCAACAAGGUCCUAGCCGCGUUGCCCGUACCGCGUGGCAUUAGUUGGUUCUUGCCGGUGCCAGAACAUCGUACCUGUGACAUGGCGCAAAUAUCGAAUCACUGGUGCAUGUGCCACUCCAGCAGCAACAUCUCCUUAAACGACACCGGCCUCCAGGAUAGCGUGUCGUUCCUUGUCGGUGAACUGAACAGAAUACUGAGCAAAUAUCCGCCGUGCGCGAUCCUGAACCUGAAGGAGAUCAAGGACGCGAAGUUAUGGCUGGACAAGUCGAACGGCACGACAUUGAUGGACUAUACGGUGACCAUACAGACCACCCCGGGCGACGCAAUUUUGGAGGGCACGGUGCGCUACAGAACAGAAGAUAACAGUCGUAAAUUGGUCGGAUCCAUUAGCAGGUUGAACGCUUACGGCAAACAGAGUGCCUGCGUGGACGAGUUUAACAUGCGUCUGUACUGCUAUUGUCUUUAGGCAACGACAUAUCUGACGAGUGAUUAGACUGAUCACCUUUUGUACAUGAUAAUUUACAUAUCCUCAACAAGAGGGAGAAAGAGACCCAUGGAUGCGGAGAUUUGGAGGAUGAAAAGACAAGAGAAGCAUUAUAGCGUGAAAUUAUUUUAUAAAUCCUGUGCGAUCUUCCCGAAGACGUGGCGGUUUCUCUUCGCAUUGGCGACAUUUCCGCGUCACACAGCGACGAAGCCACGUCGGAAAUUACGCGAGAACUUCAUAAUCCGUGUGUCGAAAGUAUUGUAUUUGUAAGCUUUCCUUAUAUCGCGAACGUCUCGCACAACUUACACACGCACAUUCGUAUUUUCCCACACAUCAUAGUUCGUCGAUUAAUUUCAAUCGUACGACGAUAAAGAACUUCGCGAAUACUGAGUGCAUUUGACGCGAAAACACUUACGCAUUUCGUUUUAAUAUAAUUUCUAUCGAGAUGACUGAUACAAUUAACGUGCAGGCUACUACCGCAUACAUCGAUUGUUAAGGGAUCGUCGAUGAAUUUUCAAUAUCUGUAUAAACUAAUGUGUAACGAUAUAUUACGGCGAUCGAUUCAGUGACCAAGCUCUAUACAAAUAAAAAAGAUAUUUUACUAUCCUU